CCAAGCGUGAUUACUAAUCGUCUUAUCGUACAAUUCGUGAACAAGACUGCUUUCUGACGACAAGGCAAUAAAUAAGGGUCACGAAGAGACCACAAGGCCGCUUCGUUGAGAACAUCAGCAAGCAGCAUCUAACCCCACCAUCUUCGCAUCCUCCUGCUUUCAUUUGGCCCUCUACCUUUAUUUUCCAGUCACACACUCAUUAAAACGCUCAGUAGAAUAUUUGUGAUCCUAAUUUGUUAACUUGUUGCGAUUAUUCAGUACUUUCAACAUGUCCAAAACCAUUCAACUGGCUCUUCUCACCAUCGUAGUCGGACUGCUCUUCAGCUGUGCACUUGCUACAGCAGGGAUCAUUCAUGAAAAACGCCAUGUGGGAAACCUUUCAUCCCGAAGGCUGAUAAAACGAAUGCCAGCUUUCUCGACAGCCUCCCGACAGUUUGGAAAGGUUUCAAAAACCAUCAAGGCCACUGCCACACAGGCUGCAACAUCUUUGGAAAAAGCAGCCGACACGGGAUCAUCAAAAGGACAUCCACCUGGAGGAGCAGCGGAAGCACCAAGCCAGCCGGGAACUUAUUGGACCACCACAACAUAUCUUGGAGAUAAAAAGACUCGUCCAGGUAGUUUGUCGCUCUGGGACCCUGAAGGGAAAGAAAAUGAGCAGGUCGACACUUGAUAAGGUUAACUGACACAGCCCCCCAAAUUUAAAGAAACUUGCGUAAUUAUUUAUCAUUAUUUUUAUCUAAAGCUCUUUCUCUCUCUCUCAUUCGCAAUGGAUAUAUCCCAUCUAGAUCAGUGUUUUUUUUUUACUGUGGCUUAUUGCCAAUAAAAUAUAUAUGAUGAGCAGGGCAAAAAUAUAUGUAUAUAGAAAUCCCAACGGGAAAGUCGCCUUCCCUCAAUAGACCUCUGACAUGUCUAUAAAUUUCUACAUUGCUUAUAUUCAUCCAAUAAGUUCUCUCAUCAUGUUUAUAAAAAAUGCAAUGAGCAUAAAAAACAUCUAGAAAUUUUGCUAUAGAUUUGAACAAGGCUUCUUCCCUCCAUAGAGCUGUGAUAUGUUUAUAGAUUUCCAAUAUGGCUUCUAACUUUUUCCGAGGUCCAUCUGCGAAGUUUUUGCUACUCAUACAUGAUUAGGGGAAAAAUGCUAGAAUAAAGAUAUGAAAAUCGAGCGAUCAGACAGCAGCUGCGCUACCCAA